AUGCGCUCUCUGGGGGGACUCGCGCUGAUCGUGGCGGCUGCGAGCGUCUUUCUCUACCUGCUCUCCACACACCUGCCCCGGCUAGAGAAGCUGAGAGAGCCCGGGGAGCUGGAGGAGGGGGAGGAGCAGGAGGAGUACAGACAGAACAAUGACAGAGAGGACCCCCUCUCUCAGCCAAUCAGCGCUCAGCCAAUCAGCUCUCAGCCAAUCAGCUCUCAGCUUCACAAGACAACGGGAAGUUAG